AUGUCAGCUCACGACUCGGAUCAGAUCGCCAGCGAGAAGCACGUGACAACCCCUGAGGUCGCCACUGCAGCCGUGCCUGUUAGCCACACGCCAAAGGUACAGGGCAAAGAGAAGACAGUUCACAAUGCCGAGCUUUACGCCGCCAUUCAAGAAGCCAACAUCAACCCCUGGAGCAUGACAUCAAUCCAUCUUUACUUUUCAAUCUUCAUCGCGUUUUGCUGCGCGUGCGCCAACGGAUACGAUGGCUCCCUUAUGACGUCCAUUAUUGCCAUGAAGCCUUUCCAGGAAAGAUUCGGCGUGAAGGCGGUCGGAGAGGGUGCUGCGGUUAUUUUUUCCCUUUACGUAGUCGGUGCUAUGGUGGGCUCUCCUUUCGCGGCCGCGAUCUCUGAUAAACUAGGUCGCCGCAAGAGUAUGUUCACUGGCGGAGGUGUCAUCAUUCUCGGCAUGAUUAUCAUCGCCACGUCGGGGAAGCUGCCCCAGUUCGUCGUGGGUCGCUUCAUACUCGGAUUCGGCAUCGCCAUCAUGACCGUUUGCGCCCCCGCGUACGCGAUCGAAAUUGCUCCACCUCACUGGCGCGGCCGUUGCACCGGAUUCUACAACAUAGGGUACUUCGGAGGCGCUAUCCCCGCUGCCAUCAUUACCUUUGGGUGCAACUAUAUGGAAAACGACUACGCUUGGCGGGUGCCCUUGAUUCUUCAAGCCUUCGCUUGCGUCAUCGUCAUGUUUUCUGUUUGGGCCAUUCCCGAGUCUCCUCGCUUUCUCAUUGCAAAUGGAAAAGAGGAGGAGGCGCUUUCAUUCCUGAUCAAGUAUCACGGAAAUGGAAACCCCAGCUCUCGCCUCGUCCGUCUCGAGUUCGAGGAAAUGAAGCAAGGCAUUCGCCAAGACGGCGUUGACAAGACCUGGUGGGACUAUCGGCCAUUCAUCUUCACCCACAGCGGCCGUUGGCGUAUCGCCCAGGUGCUCAUGAUCUCCAUCUUCGGCCAGUUCUCUGGCAACGGUCUCGGCUACUUCAACACGACAAUCUUUGAGAACCUCGGCAUCACCAGCAUCCCUCAACAGCUCGGUUACAACAUUCUCAACCAGGUUCUGUCCGCCAUUGGUGCCUUGGCAGCUGUCACCCUCACCGACAAGAUGCCUCGCCGCAAGGUCCUCGUUUUUGGAACCUUACUGUGCGCCGUCGCGCUCGCCACCAACUCAGGUCUCUCAGCCGCGCUCGAUCAACAGACACGGGCAGGCCAAAUCAACAUUUCGUACGGUCAAGGGGCGCUCGCUUCCUACUUCCUCUUCAACAUCAUCUUCUCCUUUACCUACACGCCGCUGCAAGGUGCCAUCCCUACCGAGGCGCUCGAGACGACGACCCGUGCCAAGGGUUUGGCGCUCUCUGCCUUCAUUGUCAAUGGCAUGGGUUUCAUCAACUUGUUUGCCGGUCCCAUUGCUCUCGACCGCAUUGGCUACAAGUACAUUUUUGUGUUUGUCGCCUGGGAUUGUAUCGAGGCUCUGGCAUGGUAUCUGUUUGGUGUCGAGUCCCAGGGACGCACCAUUGAGCAACUGGAGUGGGUUUACGACCAGCCCAACCCCGUCAAGGCUUCUCUCAAGGUCGAUAAGGUCAUUCUCACGGAUGACGGUCGGGUCGCCGAGAAGAUUGUGGAAUAA